UGCCCAUAGUUAAAAAUGCCUAGAGGACGACGUGCGAACAUCGGCCGCCGCACAAGACAUGCAAGUCAGCAACAAGUGUAUUCACAGAACUUAAGCGAAGAAAGACAAAAUAUAAUAAGAGAAAAUGCCCGAUUGAGACAACGCGUGAGUAAACGAAGAUCAUUGGCAUCAUACAAUCGCUUGGCAUUCCAAAAUGAUCCCACUGCGAACUACAGUGACGAUGAAAAUUUAAAUAUUGGACCAAUGACGACUGUAUGCCGAUAUUGCAAUGCGUUAAAGUUCAAAAGAGAAACGGCUGGAUUGUGCUGCGCAAGUGGAAAAGUCAAACUGGAUCCAUUACUUACACCACCACAGCCACUGAAACCAUUGUUCGAUGGAAGUGAUCCCGAUUCCAGCCAUUUUCUUCAACACAUCCUUGAAUACAAUAACUGCUUUCGCAUGACUUCCUUUGGAGCUAAUAUCAUUGGAGAAGGCGGCUUCAUGCCGACUUGCAAGAUGACUGUUCGUUGGGGUAUCGUAACUGCUGGCAAAAUUAGCCAUGACUUUGUCAAUGCUGUUAACUCAUAUCCUGAAAAAGGAGACCAAGUCAUUGCGGCUGUGGCCGCUCGUGAUCCUACCCGAGCAAAAGAAUUUGCCAAAACUCAUAACAUUCCUAAAGUUUUUAAUACAUACGAGGAUAUGGCAAUAAGCAAUGAUAUUGAUGUGGCUUACAUUGGAGCACUCAAUCACGACCACUACGCACUAUCGAAAUUAUUCCUUGAAUCUGGCAAACAUGUGUUAUGUGAAAAGCCGUUUUGUCUAAAUGCCAAACAAGUGGAAAGCUUGGUGAAAAUUGCUAAAAACCAAAACCUUUUCUUAAUGGAGGCCCUAUGGUCUCGUUUUGCACCAUUUUACGUUAAUUUGGAAGAACAACUAGAAUCAGGAAUUAUCGGUCGACCUCAAUUUGUAGAAGUAAAUUUUGGAUUGCCGAUUGAGAACGUGGAGAGGCUAAGAAAAAAGGAUCUGGGAGGCGGCGCGCUGAUGGACAUUGGUAUUUAUACAGUACAUUUUGCACAACUGGUGUUCAAAGAGGAUCCUAUCAAGAUAACAGCAGUUGGUGAAUUAAAUGAUGAUGGGGUGGAUAGUGUGGAAACCGUUAUCUUGGAAUAUUCUGAAGGAAGACGGGCCGUUUUAAACAAUCACGCCAAAGUAAAACUCUGGAACAAAGCUACUGUUGUAGGCGACUACGGAAAAAGAAUAACAUUCGAGGAUCCUUUCAACAUGCCAGACACUAUGAUCCACGCUGAUGGUCGCGUCGAAAAAUUUGAGUUCCAUCCUUCGAAGAUUCCCUAUAAUUUCAUGAACAGCGCCGGUUUGGUCUACGAAGCUUUGGAAACGGUUCGUUGCAUUAAGGAAGGCUUAAAGGAGUCACCAAUCAUGAGUCACAGUAGAAGUCUCCAAUUGAUUAAAAUCUUGGAUACUGUGCGAAAACAACUCGGCGUACAUUAUGAUGUUGAUGAUCAAGGUUUUUAAACAAAGAAGUAGUUUUUCAGAAAAAAACAUUAUAAAUCCCAUUUUAUCUCUUUUUUAAUAUUCAGUAGAAAAAUACAAUUAUCAAGGUUUUUAAA